AUGUCGACCAACGAGAAAGUACGCUGCACCUACUCAGCAUGUGGUCAUUUCUUCAGAUCUACCAAGGAGAUGCAGAGCCACAAGGCUUAUGCAGACCAUCACUACUACUGUACCAAGUGCGACAUGGAUUUCGGGAACCAUGCCUUGCUCCAUCUCCACAAGGUCAUGAGCGAGCAUCAUUUUGCCUGUCUUGAGUGUGAUAUGGAGCUACGCAGCCAGGCUGGUCUCCGACACCACGUGAAGAUAACACACUCACAAGGCAAAGCAGUGUCUUGCCUUGGUUGCGAUCGCCAAUACAAGUCCGCUGCCGCUGUCAUGAAGCACAUCGAAGAACACGAAUGCCCUGUCCUCUUGCUGCCAGACAGGCUUCCUCGCGACGCUGGAAUGGAGAGCACUGCCGGAGAACUUCUCAUGGAAUCGGAUAUGGGCUCCACUACUCCCCCGCGCCCCGACGAGAUCAGCGACGAUGAAUCAGAAGGCGGUGUUAUCUUGGAUCUCGAGGCGGACACAGACCCAUCCGCCCCUGGCGACAUCACGCGUUUCCCCAAGGACUGGCCCACGUUGAGCCCUGUCGGUGCUGCUCGUGCAAAAUCGCAUAGCAUCUCGACUGAAUCAACUGGAGGUGUGCCUGUCACACUAACCCGCUCGCUUCUGGACGAAGAUGUCCCAAUUCUCUCCCGUGUCGGAUCAAUCCCUCGAUCGACACAAGAGGAUAAUGCUGCAUCUGAUGGAGAAGACAUUUUUUCCGAUGAUGAUGCCGAGGAUCAUAAACCCAAUGCCCAUGGAAACAUGAUGAUUGACCCGGCGGACUUUUGGGAUCCAGAGCAAGGAGUUUACGCCUGCAAUUGCCAUGCAAACUUCUCCAGCCUCGGCGGCUUCAUCCGUCACAACUCAGCAGAAGACACACCCAUCCUCGAUUGUCCCCGAUGUGGAAAGCGAUUCCAGACUCGCGUCGCCCACACCGCUCAUGUGGAGGCUCCGUUCUCGAAAUGUGCUGUUCGUGCCACCACCGCUGUUAUGAAGCAAGAGCUCAGUGCUAUCACCCAGGGAUUUGCAGAGAUCAAGGGACAUGAUCAACAAGCGCGGUUGGAUGACAUUAGGGAAAGCAGCCAGGCUUCGAACCCCGACUCUGAUGAAACUGCGCGUGACAACACUCUAGAGGCUGAGCCAGUUUCCAUUCCCGAGAGCUCUGCCAACAGUCCCAAGGACACACCCGGCAGAAACUCAGCCAAGGCCGAUUCCCUGGAGAAUCCACAAGACCACAUGGCCGGCGACCUAGGUUGGGACACUCUGGACAACAACUUGGUGCAGCAAUUAAAAGGAUUGUUUUUCGGUACUAAACAGCGUGACGAUGAGAAGAGACAACGGCGUUGA